AUGCUGGCGAACAACUCGAACUCACAAAAUGGGAUAUUCGUCCGUUCCACCUUGGAUUUCAAAAAGGAUUUGAAGUAAAAAAAGAAAACCUAAAAGAUCAUAUUUCUCUAGCAAAAAUUUUUAGAGUUCAUCGCUUGGUUUCUUUGGGACAUUUUCUCGUAAAAAAUGGCGAAAUGCUUGCCGCCAUUAGCGAUAAAAUAGUGCUUCAUCAGUCAGUUUCCACAUCUGAUCGACAAACAGGUUUUUAACUACUUUUCGAGAUUUCUAUAGGAAAUUUUUAACAGAAUUAUCGCUUCCUCUACUUCAAGGCGAUGCCAUCGCCCACGUUCAUCUCUCUUUGUCGGGUUUUCACGCGAUUGUUUCGACCAAAAAUGGGCAAAACUUUUACAUUCACAUGAAAACCAAUAGUGUUCAUCAUCUCAAAAAGCUGAAUGUUGGAUUUCAUCGACUUCGAAAUACAUUAUGUGAUUCUAGAAGGUAAUUUCCGCGGUCGGCUGGAAUCCAGAAUGUCUCAAAGACACGGAAACUGGACCGAUUCUGUUAGGAACACAGCAAGGUUCGGUCCAGAUAUAUCAGAAAAUAUUUGCUGAAUUGCUCAGGCGCCGUGUUGGAAAUGUCGCUGUCGAGUUCCGGAAUGGUGCAUUUUUUGAAGGAACACACUCCGUCGCUUUCUUUUGGACAGUCGGGACAGAAUUCCGUUGCUCCGAUCACUGAUAUUCAGCUUUUUGCGGUCAAUUUCGACGAUCCUCACGCUAAUAAGUUAGUUCUCUUGCAUUUGAUCAAAGUUCAAAAUAGUUGGGUGAUAUCAGAUUUAUGAAAAAUAGUAUUUAAAAAAAGAGCUUUCAGAGUUUUUUUUCCCAAAGGUUGAAAAAAGAAAGACAUGUUCAAAUAAGGAAUACCUAAAAAGUCUAUGAAAAAAAUAAUAGGGUGGAAAAAUCGCAAAAAACCUUUAAGAAGCUUUUUUCACUAAAUGGUGAAUUUUCAAGGUCUCGGAACAUUUUUUCACAAUGUCAGAUCCUCAAGCUUUUUUCUGCGAAAAAGUAUGAAAAAUAAUACUCAGAUGGAUCCUGAUAAUCAGCCAACCAACAAGAAUUUCUUGUCUUUCUGCUUCCAUCGAUCCCGCUCCAGUCCGUCCGAGCGGCUUCACCAGUUCGGCCUCUUUGCAGGUAAAUAAGAUGAUAGGAAUUUAUUCUAAAGUUUAUUUCAGGCCGGACUAUUGAUGCCGGAGGCGCCGCAAACCGUUUUCCAUCCAUUUUUCAAUUCCAAAGGUUUUUGAUGUUCCAGUUCUAAGAGAUGAAUUGCGUUCAGAUGUCCAAUUCAACUGUCUUUAUGCAACCACGACCGAUGCGGCUUCCAAGGGAAAGUUGCAGCCGAAGAGUUGUCUCGUUUUCCAUCCGCAAACAUCGGAACCUUCCCGUUUCGCCUGGCUGACUUCUGAAGGCGUCAUCACCGGAAGCGUCAACGUCUACGCCGAGAAGAUCCAGGACGUUCUGGUAGAACAACACAAUAUUGAGUGAGUUCCGAUGAAAAGUUUUGAGAUGGUCGGCAGGAACCUAUCAGAGGUCCAAAAGAUAUAAAUUAAGGUGCAAAAAUUUACUUUUUCCACUGUACCUGCCAAAAUAGGCUCUAACUUUUCAUUGUUUAAAUGCUCUUCGAAUUCACUCUGGACGCCUUUCUUUUACUCACAGAAGAAUCAUAAGAUGUGUGAUUUUUUGAACGAUAAUUUUCGAAGCAAAUUUUUAUCCUUUUGCAGACACCGCCUGAUUGAAGGCAGGAUCGAGGCUGCGGUGGGAAUUUCCCUGACCGAGUAUCAUUUAACCCUCGCCUAUUCCUCUCGUCUUCUCGGUCUCUCCGUUUCUCACCCACACGGUCGCCUAUGAAGACGUUUGGCCCAAUGUUUGCUUUUUUUCAACGCCAAGAUGUUAAAUUAUUGGACCUCAGGACUUGGGAUCGGCCCAAGGGCUCACCUCGGAUCCGAGUUCUGAAUUUCUUUGGCUGCACACCUCGACGGUCUGCAUGAAAUACCGGCCGAACGAUGAGGCCAGGUACAAAUAGAACAGUUUUCCUGUGAAAGAAUGGUUUUUGAAGGUAUGUGUGGCGAGUUUUCCUGGACCGAGGCGAGUAUUCCAAAGCCCUGCAAAUCGCUCGGACGAGGCUGAAUGUGGAGCCUGAGGCACAUGAAAUGGUGCUUCGAAAGCAGGCCGAUUUCUACAUCGACGAGAAGAAGUUUGUUUUUUUUCUACAUCUUGAAACGCAUAGAAUGAUUUAAAAAAUCGCGUUUGUGAUCGAGAAAAGAGAUUUAGCUCUUCUAUUCAUCCUCGCCCAUGCUAACGACGUUAACCAACCGUUCUGACAAAGGUUCUCAGGGGGUGUACCCGUAUUUAACCCGUCUGAGCACAGAGGAUAGGACUUUCAUCAUUUCUUUUAUUAGCUGAGGCUAGGCUUGUGCGAGGGCCGGCCCGAGAGCCCCAUUGUUCGUUUUCUCAGUCCGGCUCGGCCUUAGCAAGCCCUCAAGCAAAAAUGGCCGAGACCGCCCGAAAAGCGCAAACUCAACCGCUUUGCCCGGCACAGGCUUUCCAGCCACAAGCCAGACCCCGUUUUAGCCCUGUUUUUAGGGCAGAUUUUCGAAUAAACAAAGCUGGAUCACCAAUUUUUCUUGCAUCCGUGGCUUUCUUGUUUCAUCACAUCUGACACUCGAUAAGCUUCAAAAACGCGGGUUUAAUACGGGUAGACCCGUUGAGACUCCUGCCCAGCAUAAUAUAAUUUUGACUUUCGGUUUUCAAUCUAUUGGGUGACGCAGUGAGAAAGUAGCUCAAUAUCGGAAGAUUUAAAAAGAAAAUGAACCUUUCACAAUGGCGCCACUUUGAGGGGAAACCUUUGAGCCACGUUUCAAGGUGUUUCAAGUCGUUAAAAAUAAAAUAUAUGUCUUCUUUCAUCUGAUUAUGUUCCAGCUUCACUGCCGCCGCUGAGAUUUUGGCUCAGUCCAAUGAACCCUUCGAAAGCAUCGUUCUGAAGUUCCUGUCGAUCCAGGAAAAUCGAAAAAUGGGAUUGAAGACGUUGCUCGAUAAGAAGUUGGAGAGGAUGAAUAGGCCUGAGGUAGAAAAGAAGCAAUCAGAAUUUAUUUCAACUUGGAAGUUGAGGAUCGAAUGAAAAGAGACGCUCUGGUGAUUUGGCUUCUGGAGGUCCAGCUGACGGAGUUGGCCGAGCUGAGAAGGUGCAAAGACAAAGAAGCCGAAGUUCGCGACGUCGUCGACCACGUCCAGCGCUUCCUCAUGCGCAAAAACGUCUUCGUGAGUGUUUCAUCUUCCCGAAAAGGGAAGUCAUGCUACUCAGGGAAUUCCUCGAAAGUUAGCCAGAAUACUCCCUGAUGCACAGUAUGAAGAUUCUGAAAGUCUCUGCAAAAUUUCCUAGUUUUUGAGAAAUAAGGGCUCAAAGCCUCAAGAUGACAUAUUUUAUAGGAUUUUGAUAGGUAUCUUUGAGUUUGAAGCGUCUUUCCCGAAAAACUAGGAAUUUUCGCAGGUUAGAACUUAGAAGAUUAAGAGUUGGUUCUGAUAAUCUUCUCCAUAUUUUGAAGAAAAUAAAAUCGUUAACCAAGAAAAAUAAAGUUCAGGACGCCGUCCAAACGAACCUCCAAGCCGUUUAUCGGAUGAUGGUUUCUCAUGCCGACUUCGACCUUCAGCUUUUCGUUGCCAACGCUGUGAAAGGUAUAGAUUUGAAUUGAAAAGUUGAUCAUCUACUGGAUGCUCAGACGUACGGACGAUCGUCAACAUUUUGAUGCUUCGCGAGCAGUACAACAGCGUCCUGGAAGUCCUCAAGACCCAGGUGAUUUAUUAAUCCUUGUUUUCAAGAGAAUUUUAUAUUGCUUUUAAAAACUUCCACGAGAUACAGUUGCAUAAAAAAUAUUCAGAAAAACUUUCUAGGUUUUCAAUUUUUUCCGUUUCAAUUUUUUCUUCACAGUUUUUGAGUUUUUAGCAAAAAAAUGAUUCAGAACAGAUUUAUCAGAAAGAAUUGAAAAUAACCAAGGGUUCUAUUCGCGUCACUAUAGAAUUAUUGUUGUCUUGGAAGUUAGGCUAAAUUUUCUGAAAAACUCUAAAUUUCAAUGGGAAAGUUUUUUUCGAUCUAAAAAAAUAGAUUUUCGGAAAAAAAUGGAAACUUCUGGUUUUAUUAAUCAUUCAAUCAUUUUUUUGUGAUAUAUAUUUAAAGUAAAAAUUUAAAAAAAUCUAAAUAUUUCACAAUCAACUUUGUUUUUUUAACAUUUUGAUCGUCUUGAAUCAUUUUUCUCCCUCUAAAUGAAGUACACGCAUUUUCAUAGUUGACCCCUUUUCUUCUCUUUCAUCGAAAAUCUCGAAUUCAUUUUUCAGUCGAACAUGGAUUUCACCUAUGAAAUGGCGCCGUUGCUCAUCGAGCACAUUCCCAAGCAACUUUUCCUCUUUUUGCUCCAAAAUGAACGAGUUCGACCCCUGAAAAUCCUUCCGACCCUCUCGCUUUGCCUCAAGACCGAUGUCAUGGUAGGAAUUGACAGAGAAUAAUUCGGAAAAAAAAACUAACUUUUUCAGGCGAUUCCGGCAAUGAAAUAUAUUGAUUGGGCGAUUACUCGUGCCAAUUGUAACGAUAAAAGAUUACACAAUUUGCUCAUUCAAAUGAUUGCCAAGGUUUUUUUUGACUCAUUCUUCUCAAAAAAUGGAUGGGAAGUGUUUCAGUUCCGUCCGAAUAGUCUGCUGGAAUAUUUCACGAAAUGCGGCACCCAGAGAAAUAAUAUUCCGUAUGAUUUGGAGUUUGCCAUGCGAACUUGUGAACAGCAGCGUUGGUUUUCAUUAUCGUUUUUUAAAAAAAGGUUAAGGAAAAGUUAAAUUUUAGCGCUGUGCAAGUUCUUCAAAAGUUAUAUUUGAAUAUAGUUUUCAAAAAAGCCAAUUAUUUCUCAGAGAUUUCUCAGAAAAACUUCAGUUUUUAAGUUUUGAUACGAGUUAGAAGUUUCUAGACGUUUUGAUACAAUUUUUCCACUUUUAAAAGUUAUUCUAGAUGUGAAAGUUUUUCAGACAUUGAAGAAUGCGUCGUUUACCUAUUUUGCGUGGCAGAAAUGUUCUUCGAAGCCGUCGAAAAGGCCCUGAAAAUCUCUGUUGAUUUGGCCAAAAGGUAAUAACUUUUUCUCUAACCAAUUCCUCAAUAAGCUGUGAAAGAUGGGACGGUAUUUUGUGGAAAGUUAGACCGUAUUUUUCGAUUUAAGAAAAUACGGCUUUCAAGAUAGUUAAGUUUGGAAAGUUUUUCAUUUCAGAUGCGCCAAAAUGAUGGACAUGAACGAAGAAGACCUCUUCGACAUUCCAAUCAGCACCGAACCUCGGUUUUCCAGGGAAUACCGCAAGAGAAUCUGGUUGAUGAUUGGUAAGUCGAAUGGUUUGAAAAAGAGGUUUAAAAAUUUUUUAAAAAACUUAGGGGAAAAAAUUACCAAAUUAAUUUAACGAAAAAAAAUAGCCUCCCCCUUAACUUGUGCUCUACAGAUAGACUUUCUGAAUUUUUUCCAAUUUUUUUUUCUGACGUGGCUUCUUCGUAAAAUUUGUUUGAGAAAGAUAAAAUUUACUUUUUCCAUUUUUUCUUGACAUUCAUAAUCUCCAAUCUUUCAAAUUUGUAUUUCGUGCUUCUAAAAACUGAUAACUUGAAACUUAAAUUUUCAGCGAAUCACAUGAUCGCCAGUGGAGUAGAAGCGACAGAAUGCAUAGGAUUAUUGAGAGAAUCGAAAGAAGCCCUCAGUAUUCAGGUUCUUUUCAGACGUCACAUAACUCACAUUGAGCUCUUCUCAGGACAUUUUGCCGCUUUUCCCGGAAUUCACGAAGAUCGACGACUUCAAAGACGCUUUAUGCGCCUGUCUUCGAGAACAUUCCGUCAAAAUAAUGGACCUCCAACAAGCCAUGAAGGACGCCACCCAAAUCGCGGCCGAAAUCCGAGAAAAGUCGGAUAAGCUGAAGAAUAGGUUCUUCAGAAGGUAGAACAUUGGGAAAUGGAAUUCUCAGGGUCGUGGUGGUGAAGCCGGGAGAGCUCUGCUCUUCUUGUGCCCGAUCCUUGACCGCUGCGCCUUUUUUCGCCCAUUCCUGUAGACAUUUCUUCCACAGGGAGUGUUUGGAAAUCGCCAUGAAGCCGUUUCUCGACGCGGUUCGCCGUCCAUUUAUUUUCUCGCCUUAAGCCAAAUUUUUGAGAACGCGGCGAAAUCGUUAGAAGACCUGAUAGUGAAGGAGAAGCGUCUUUUCGUUCAAAUGGAGCACAUUUUGAAGGUCGGCCGCAAGUCUGAUGCUGCCGGUUCGUUUUUCAUCAAGUCUGAACUGAUAGGGGGACAUUUUAAUGGGACCAGAAUCAAUAGAUAUAGUUUUCAGGCUCAUUUUUGGCUCUGUAUUCAAAAUUUUGUAGGAAGGUGUUUGAAAAAGCUCCCGCUGCUCAAAUUUUAAGUACUUCACUCCAAAAAAAAAUAUUUCAGCUUGAAAAAUGCCUGAAAAUUUUUACAACUGCUCUAAAGAAAUUCAUCAAACUCUGAAAUGGCUAUAACUUUUUUUCCCCUGAUUUAUGCGCUAACUUUCUGAGAUUUAGAAUCAGUUUUAUCUGUAGAACCUCCUCUUAUUCUGAAAUACAGUUCGUGAAUUUUUCACUUUGUUUCAAAAUGAUUUUCAGACGUUGAAGCUCAGUUUGAACAAGUUGAGCGUGAAAUCGGAAAAAUCCUCGGCUCCGACUGUCCUUUCUGUGGAACUGUCGCCAUCAGGUUUUUUCUGGCUUCUGGAUUUUCGAAUCAGUCUCAAAAAAAAAAUGGAAAGCUUUUUCUUCAGCCUGAUCGACAAGCCGUUCUUCGAAGACGAAGAGUACGAAUUGGACGAAAAUUCUUGGAUCGUUUAA